ACAGUUUAAAUAUUUCAAAAUAUUAGUUUCCUCAAAAAUUCUGCCUAUUUGUCCAUGGAGCGAUAUACAUUAUUAUCUCGCGAUUCGCGGGCCGAGCAGAAGCUGUCGCUUGAUGGCCAGCGGAGUGGCAACUUUCUCACUGGCACCAAAUACUUUGGCCAAAUGAAUGAGUUGGGCAUGCAGGACUACGGCACCUACUUGUACCCGGACGGAUCACGCUAUGUGGGCCAUUUUCGCAACAGUCGAUUCCACGGGCGUGGCUCGAUACAAAUGCCGCCGCCGUUGGGUGUCAACUUUGAGGUAACUCACGAGGAUGGAAAGCUUAUCGAAAUAAACGAAAUGGUCUUCGACGAUAAGUUGAAGGUGGACUUUACGCGCAUGGAGGAUGGCGCUUUUAGCUUUCAUCCUUGGAAAUACUGCACCGCCGAGGAUCGUCGCUUCCACCAGGAGACUCAAUCGCCGCUGGCCGCUGUUGGCCCCGCAAAAUAUCAGACCAAAGAGGGACCCGUUCCGGCUGAGCUGCCAAAGAACGUCUUCGAUUUGGGCUUUGGCAGGUUGAAUCCGAAGGGCUUCCUCAUGGACCUGCAGCACCAAUCGCAGAGCAUCUACGUGGGCUGUCGCAAGGUGCGCCACUGGAUCACGGAGCACUGUCGCCACGGCAAGCUGACCAAAUAUCACAUCAAACGCCAGGUCAAGGAGAAGUUUGCCCGCGAGAUAAUGCAAAAUAAUCUAGAGGUUAACGAGAACUGUCGGAAGAACUCUGGAGGUGUGCCGCCCAUGCCCAUGCCUGACAUUUGUCGUCGUUCCCGAAGCCAGCGGAGCUCCGAAUCGGCCAAGGAGACGCGGCUGCAUGCCGCCAGCACUUCAGACAGUUGCAGCUCCAAGGUGGAUCGCACCGUGAAACGGAGCCGCGCGGCAAGUGCAGGAAAAUAAGAUCCACCAGCGAGUCACAUGUGUGCCGCCUCAACUGAUGUUGCAUCAUCAU